AGUUAAUUUUAUAUUAUUGCAAAAUAUUAGGUCUUUAACCCUUCCUUACAAUGAAGACGAAGCAUUCUCCUGGGGAAGAUGAUCCGAAUCCGAUCAUCGGCUUUUGCAAGGCAACUUCAGAGUCUCAAGAAACAGCACUCUUCUUCCUCGAAGCAUUCAGCUGGGAUCUCGAUAAAGCCGUCUCUGGUUUCCUCCAAGGUCACUUUCCUCCUGUCAAAAACCAGCCGUUGCAGCAAUCUCGAUCACGAUCUCCCUCGAGGCAGAUAGACUCAUCUGUGUUGAGAUCAAAGCAUAAUAAGAUAGACGCAGCUGAAACCUCCAAAACUUUGGAUGAUGAUAGAGAGCCUAUGAGACUUGGCAAAGAAGCAACUCAUGAUGAAAUAUCACAUAGAGAAGAUUUGGCCUCUAUGUCUGAUCCUAUCUGAAAAAUAGGAAAACUCUACUCUUGCACUUUCCUCUUUGUCUUAAUCACAUCUCUUUCCUAUGAAGCAUGACUCUGAAUGGUAUGUUGAUACUGUACCAUUUUCUACAAAUUUCUUAAUAAACCUUUAUUUCUA